GCUCCCCGCACCGGUCCUCCAUAAUUUUCCCAAGCGAGACAACCAGCCCAGUAUUAGAACCAAGCGUCGAACACCUUGACGCCAUUGCCGAAGGGGCUUCGAGGGAGACACGAAUUCGGGUGGUGGGUUUGCGGUGUGUGGUGUGUGUGUGGGGGGGAGGUAGUGGGAAGUGAGGAGGGUGGGCCUGGCGAUCGCCGGAGGGAUGACGACGGGCGCGGCGGCUGCGGCUGCGGGGUCGGCCCCGGCGUCGCCGGUGGCCGCGGCGGCGGCGCCCGAGGUGGCGGCGAGGGACGCCGUGAUCGGGUGGUUCCGCGGCGAGUUCGCGGCGGCCAACGCGGUGAUCGACGCGCUGUGCGGCCACCUCGCGCAGAUCGGCGGGGACGCCGAGUACGAGGCGGUGUUCGCCGCGCUCCACCGCCGCCGCCUCAACUGGUUCCCCGUCCUCCACAUGCAGAAGUUCUACUCCGUCGCCGACGUCGCCGCUGAACUCCGCCGCGUCGCGGACGCCCGCGCCUCCGCCGCCUACUCCGAGGAGGAGGCGGCGUCCACAGUGAUCCACGAGCCCAUGGACGAGCUCGUCGCCAUGCCCGCCGAGCCGGAGCCGGAGCCGGAGCUCGAGCCUGACCACGACCACGAUCCUACACCUCAGGAUCCGGCGCCGGAGGCUGAGCCUGACGGCGCCGUCAACCACCCCGUCUCCCCCAACGCCGCCGAGGUGGUGGACCACGAGGCGGACGGGGAAGAUUCCUCCGGAGAUUCGUCGGACCGGAAGGCACCCUCCACGGAAGAUGACGCCGUCGCUGACGGACCAGAUGAUCAUACUGACCAAGGAUCUCAAGGGGAACACAGCCUACCAGAGAGUUACCCUAUCUGCUCUGAUCACGAGGAGUGCCUCGUCCGCCCUGAGAGGAUCAAGAUUCAGAAAGGUUUUAUGGCCAAGGAGUCCGUGAAGGGGCACAUGGUUAACGUUGUGAAAGGCCUGAAGAUUUAUGAAGAUGUAUUCACAACUUCAGAGCUCAUGAGGGUUGCUGAUUUCAUCAAUGAAAUUCGUCAGGCUGGCAGAAAUGGAGAGCUUUCAGGUGAAACAUUCAUAUUCUUCAACAAGCAGAUUAAAGGGAACAAGAGGGAGAUCAUUCAGCUUGGCGUCCCACUAUUUCAGCCAACCACAGAGGAAUCUAAUUGUCACAUAGAAGCAAUCCCCCUUGUCCUCCAGGCUGUCAUUGAUCACCUUGUUCUUUGGCGUUUAAUACCAGAAAGCAGGAAACCAAACAGUGUCAUCAUCAACUUCUUCGAUGAGGAUGAACACUCGCAGCCCUACUUCAAGCCUCCACAUCUGGACAACCCGAUCUCUACUCUCCUGCUGUCCGAGACUACAAUGGCAUUUGGAAGGUCACUUGUCACUGACAGCAACGGCAACUACAAGGGACCCCUUACGCUCUCACUGAAGCAAGGGUCCCUCCUGGUGAUGCGCGGGAACAGCGCGGACAUGGCCCGCCACGUCGUGUGCCCGUCGUCCAACCGCCGCGUGAGCAUCACGUUCGUGCGAGUGAGGCCGUCGACGCCGGUGGACCUCAGCCCGCUCCCAUCGCCCACCAAGGCCAUGACGCUAUGGCAGCCGCCGCCGCCGCCACAGCAGCAGCAGCAGCAGCAGCAGGCGAUCUCGGUGGUCGGCAUGCAGCAGAAGCCACAGCAGCACGGUGGGGCCAUCAUCGGCUACGCCCCGGCGCCGCAGGCCAUGCUGGCGCCGGCGUGGGGCAUGGCCGUGCGCGCGGCGCCCGUCAUGAUGGUCGCCGCGCCCGCGCCCGCCAGGCCGAUGGUGAUGGCCCCCGCCGGCGGCGGCAACAAGAGGAUGAGCCGCAGCGGCACCGGCGUCUUCCUGCCGUGGACGGUCGGGCCCAAGAGGUACAACAAGCACCUCCCGCCGCGCAUCCAGAAGCGCCGGUUCUCGGCGAUGAUGUCGCCGAUCGAGGCCCAGGGUUGACAGUGACACCAAUGUCGCUACACCUGACCUCGCAACGCCUCGCCGGCGUCGUGGUGGUCACCAUUAGGCCGCAUUUUCCUUUUUCUUGAGGCAAAAAGAAAAGAAGAGAAAAAAAAUUCGAAACGCGCGGGAAGUUCAGUCUUAAAACCGGUGUGUUCUCUCCUCCCUGUGAAUUUUGUCGUCGAAGUGGUGACUGGUUGUUUUUGUUUGGUCUGCCUGUAAUUUAGCCGGGUGUGAGUAGCAAGAGAUGGAAGCGGUAGAAAAUAUAUGGGUAGGCGUAGCUGAGCUCAGAAUCAAUCAGGAACAGUGUUUUCUUUUUUCCUUUUCUUUUUUUUUUCUUUGGUUGCGAGAAAGAACUGCUGGUUGGAUGUUCAUGUCCUGCUGAGUUUGCAGUAAGCUCUAAAUAGAAGUAGAUGAUGCGUCCGGUGUUGCUCA